AUGAGGUCGAUUAGGUUCGAAAUCCCAAAAAUCAAAAUCGACGAACAAAAGAAUGGCAUCGCGAUGAAUUUGGAUAGAGCGGAAUGGAUAGGAGUGGUGGAAUCUUCACAAGUCCUACAAAUAUGGAGCACAAGCAUCGGUGUUAGUGAUGAUAAUCAAGGUUCAACAGUUAUCAAGACAGCUCGACUCGAGCCUUUAAUGGAGGCAGCAGUAGCUCUACCUUCAAGGUUCAACCUUGGAGUUUCUGGCCACAUGGCCUUUCUAUGGUUGGAAAGGACACGCUGGAACUCUGUAUCUUCAACUGAUACCUACCAGAAGAACUGA